GCCCGGCGCGCACGCGCACCACAGCCCGGCGGCGCAGGCGCACGGCGGGGGAAGCGCGCCAUGGAGCAGCGGCUGGCGGAGUUCCGGGAGUCCCGGAGACGAGCCGGGCUGGCGGCCGAGCCCAGCACCCCGAGCCGGAGCGCGGGAACCUCGGAAGCAGCUGAGACUGCCCAGGCAGCCCCAGGCUGGCUGACGCGGCUCCUGGGGUGGAAGCCGCGGGCUGUGCGCGCCCCAGGGCAGCCCGGCCUGGCUCAGGAUGCCACUGCCCCUGCCGCUGUGGCUGAGCCCCAGAGGGACAUGGCCGGCCCCACACCUCCGCCUCCACCCUGGGACCACUCUCUGCUGACCAACAUCACCUUCUUGAAGGUUCUCCUCUGGCUAGUCUUGCUGGGACUGUUCGUGGAACUGGAGUUCGGCCUGGUGUACUUUGUCCUGUCCCUGUUCUACUGGAUGUACGUGGGGACCCGUGGCCCGGAAGAGAGGCGAGAGGGGGAGAAGAGUGCCUACUCGGUGUUCAACCCGGGCUGCGAGGCCAUCCAGGGCACGCUGACCGCGGAGCAGCUGGAGCGCGAUUUGCAGCUGAGACCCUCCGUGGGCAGUUAACACAUGGCUCCACGCAGUCCUCGGAGGCCGCAGCGUGGAUGGCCCAGAGCAAGGACAGCGUGCAGUCGGCUGUGGGACGGCUCGGGUGUGCACGCUGUCCCCACCUGCCACUGCUUUACUUCCAACUUCUCUUGACCUUCGGUGAAACUGAAAAGACACUCAGUGGGUCCAACACAGUUUAUAAAAAUUAUGUCCUUGAGGAGA